AUGGCUAUGGGGUUACAUUUUCGUUCUUUGCUGCAGGUUCUGAAUGCAAUAGCUGUUCUAACAGACGCCAGUGGGGACGACGUGGCCUUGCAAUAUGGAGGUUCAGUAGCCCAUAGGAAAAGACUGGAGCCACUGGCCUGGGCCGCACAGUUGCCGGUGGAGUCGUGUAGUGCAGACGAUCCCAGAGACAACCUCUGGGGCAUUUCUUUUGAGGCUUCAACAGGCAGCAGAAGUAGCAGCAACAAUGGAAGCAACGGGGAUGGCCCUCAGCUGCGGUCUCAGCCCUCAACGAGCUCUCUUACCGCGGAUGAUGCCGCUGCACCGGAGGGGCCGCGAAGUAAUGACAGCACCAGCACUACUGGCAGCAGCAGCAGCAAGCCCGGAGGCCUUUUCAGCGGCGCCUUAGUUGCUCUUAAAGGGGUCUCAUCGGCCCUUGCUGUCCAGUGGGUAGGAAGGAAGGGCACCACAGCAGCCUUUGUGCCUCUUCUGCCUGGCCUGUCCACAUCUCUCCAGCGCAGGUACAGCAACAUACUUGAGGACGGCAGGAAGCAACAAGCUCUCAACAUUUGGUUCUCCUUGUACCCUCCCAUCAAAGAAGGUCAGCAGCAGCCGCCUAUUUGGAGGCUCGAAGACGGAUACGAUGUUUACAUACAUCACAACUUUCUGGAGCCAUCUUUCUCCCCGAAGGACUGGUGGGUGCUGCCCUUGCAACGCUUUUUCAACGGCAUGAGGUCAGCUGUCAGCAUCUCUCACUGCUGCCUCUGCUGCUGCUGUACGCUGGAAGAUUCUGGGUCCUUGGACGUAGCAGCAGCACGGGGAGCAGCUGGAAGUUACAGUGAUGAAGACUUACAGGCACCAGCAGCAAUGCAGCCAGCGGCAGCAGCGGCAACAGCAGCAAACCAAACAGCCACCAAGUGGCUUGGCUGCUGCCGUUGCCGAUCCGGAGAUAUUAUCGCAGCACAAACGGCGGAGGCGUCAAGUGGCUUUUUGCGUUCUUCUGGACCGUCUUGGGUGCUGGACUUCUUGUCCCCCGAAUGUACAGGGAUUCUUCUGGGCUGCACCUGCGGCAAACACAUGGAGUACAGCAACGGCAGCAGCGUCAGUACCAGCCACAACGAUUCAUGUGACAAUGGCGCAUGCUUUGGAGCUGGAGACGACAUACCCCACCUCUUAGAUGUGUUCACGUACGGCCCCUGGCGUAGGAAAGCAGCAAAUACUGCUGCUUCUUCUGCUGCGUCUGUUUUGAGGGCAGCCCCUGAGACAGAUUCUGCUGCUGGUUGCCUGCAACUCAGCACGCGCGGACUAGCCGCGUCGCCAGUAGCAGUUGCUGCGGCGGGGUCAAAACAUGCGUACAACAGCCAGGUGGAUGCCUCUGAAGCAUCACUUCGUGCUGCGUUGGAGGAUCACAGAGAAGCUGAGCCAGAUGAAUCUCAGAAGAGCAGCAGCGACUGCAGCAAGGUGUCCAGAGCUUGUGGGGAACAACGGAAGAAUCUUCAAGCCUGCGCGCAUUCCAGGGGCCGUUCUCUAGCAUUGCUGUUGCCAACGCUUAUAGACACUGCAACAGCUGCAGCACGGGCGCUGCAGUGCUCUUACUCACUACAGCUGCGGGAGAGCGAGCAGCUGUGGGCUUACACUGCACUGCAGCAAAUGCAAGAGCAGCAAGAGAAGGAGGAGCGAAUGGGCAGUAGCUUCAUCUCAAAAUGGUCCGCAGCUCAUCUAGUCCUGCAACAACGCAGCUGCAACAGCGCGCUGCAGCAAAGGCUUUUGCAGGCGCACAUAGCGAGACGGCUGACAAAGUACCCACGCGAUGUGGUGGCUUCUUUCGAAUUGCAGCGAGCGGCAGCAGCGGCAGCAGCAGCGGCCUGCUGCUGCCAGCCUUCGUGUAAAGCACCUAGAGUAAACCGGGAGUCCAAUGCGUUACUAUUCCUGCUGCCGCCGCGUGCCGGGGAGACUCCUCAUGCUGAUGAACAGAAGACGGAUACAACCCAGCAGCAGCGGCAGGUUCGGCAGCAUCAGAGUGCUUUAACAUUCAAAGGCAUCAUAAAAGAGCAGCUGCGGAGAACCUUGCAAGCGUAUUCGCAGCAGCGGCAACAGCAGCAUGAUAAAGCUCUGAAGAGCCUUCCAUAUGAGCUGCAGCAGCAGCUGCAGCUCUGCAGCGAUGGAGAAAUGGACACUCUUAACUGCCACUUUGGUGCAGCCAGUAGUAGUAGUAUCACUAGCUGCUGGCAUCGAGCAAGUGCUGCUGUUUCCGAAACGAUGCUGCAGCCUAUCGAGCUGCAUGCAUUGCAGCAAGAAGCUCAUCUCUUGCGGCUACAGAGGCAGCAGAAACAUCUGGAGGCAGCAAUGCUUCUCCCGGCCAUGUACGCGUUUGCUGCAGUGGCUGCGCAGAGCCCAAUGGACAAACAGCUGCUUCACCGUGUCCAGCAGCAUAUGUGA